AUGCAGAAAUGGACAGGUACUUUUGUUUGGAAUGAUCAAUGUAAACCAAAUUAUUGUUGUUGUUAUGCUGAUAAAUUAACUGUGACUGCAUCUGGUUCCAAUCUUCUUUUUACAUCGGGCACCAAAGGAUGUCCAACAUCCACAUCUUCAUCUACAUUUUCAAAUCCAAAUGGUUAUUCAUUUUCAACGAUAGGAGCUAGAGGUGCACAAAUCACUUAUACACUUAGCUCGGAUAGUAAUACAAUAACGGCUAAAAAUAAUGGAUAUAGCUUUUGUGAAGGUAGUGCUCGUCGUACAUCAACGGGAACAGGUGUAUAUCCAUCGAUUAUUUUAUUUAUAAUCCUUUUUGCUACCAUACAGUGCGUGCUUUGA